AUGCUCUAUACUCCAGUCCGGAAGGUGGCGAUAGUGCACCUGUACGUUCGCUGUCAGCGGCUCCUUCUGGUGGUCGCCAUAUUGUUUCCGGGUUGUUGUUGUUGUGACGCAGUAAACACUUCACCGUCUCUCCUGGACCUUUACUCUGUUUACAUCAGUCGGAUUUACUCUCGAGGAUCCACAGCAGCCAUGAUGCGUCUCUGUACAGCACUGAUCUUAAUGCUGGCUCUGUAUCAGGUGGACUCCUCAGACAGACUAAAGGUGUUUGGGAAUCUGCACGAGACAUCGUCCCUCCCCUGUCCUCAGACGUGCUCUGGUCUUCUCACCUGGACCACGUUUCAGAGACGGGACGAUGUCCUGGUCAAUUGUACCAGAGACUCGUGCUGGAGUAAAGACGGGUUUAGUCUUCCUCUGGAGCAGUUCCUCAGUGGAGACUCCACCCUGACGGUGCUGAGAGCCGAUUACAGCCUGCGAGGUCUCUACAUGGCCACGUGUGACUCUGAGACGCUGUGUGAGGUCGUCUUUACUCUGUCCCGAGAGCCCAUAGACGUGCUCUUACCCCUCACUGACCAUGUGAAGGUGGAUUUUACUCCCAGUGAUGCUGCACAACCACCAAACCAGGAGAUCUGCAUCGUGGACAAAGACAAGAUUCACUGCAGUCCAGAUUAUAAAGAGAGAUCGUCGUCCUCAACACUCUUCAGAUUACAGAUGGAAGUUUCUCUGACAGCGGGAUCUACACAGUUUGGGAUAAAGUGA